UUGAUAUGGCCUUCACCAAAAUGGGGUUGUCCCAGUGAAGCAUUUCUUAAUAUAUUGUUUGGGAUCGAUAUAAGCCACACUAGUAAGGAGUUGGCUUCCUCGCUGUCCAAUAAUUGUAGAGAUAGGUUUGCGAAAUGGCAAAAUCUGUGGUCAGGCGAACCAUCUUUCUUUACACUACCUCCAAAUUGUGAUGCCCCUCUCAUGACGACGUUUCUUCCAUACAGACGGCAGUUUUGGCGUUGAUCAAAUAUGGUUUAAUCAGGGCACGUAGCAAUGACUCCGUAUUGUAUCCUGUCAUCACAUCUAACUUCAAUUCUAUAAUCAAGAAGAGCAUGCGUUGACAUACAGAGUAACAUACGUUAUGCAACUUCUAUUUAUGUUAUUGAUUAUUCUCUUGCUGUCGUAGUCAAGCUUUUGGAAGUUGGUUUUUAUUCAGAGAUCCGAUCAUCUAGCUAAAUGAGGGGUUGAAUAGGUCAAGUAAGCUCUUAAUUAUCAUUAUUCUCUUGAAAAUUCAAUAACUAUAUUCCGUAAUCGAGUCUAUCCCAGUGAAGCUUUUUCCUACCAGCUUUCGUCACCGAGACAAUACCAUAAGGAUUGAUGUUAGACAAGGAGCAAAAGAGAGAGGAUUGGAGAAGAUCUGAUUCUGUCGUGAAAUCCAGAACGGAAAACGUUCACUGAUGGAGACAUGAAAGGAUCGUUGGGGAGGCGGAGCUCCUGGAGAUGGGUGAUGAUCAUCUAGGAUUCAUGCAGACUCAGUCCUAUCAGCGUUUUUGUUGACAGAGAGAACAAAUCCGCAAAUAGAUUACUAGGGAGUGGGAGGAUGAGCAGUGGUCUGGGAAAGGGAAAGGAUGCGAUGAAGCUGGACGACGAGCAGCUGGCUGAGCUGAGGGAGAUAUUCAGGUCGUUCGACCGGAACAACGAUGGCAGCCUGACGCAGCUAGAGCUGGGGUCGCUCCUCCGGUCGAUGGGGCUGAAGCCAAGCCCCGACCAGCUGGAGGCUCUCAUCCAGAAGGCCGACCGGAACAGCAACGGCCUUGUCGAGUUCUCCGAGUUUGUGGCCCUGGUAGAGCCUGAUCUCAUUCCUGCCAAGUGCCCCUACACCGAGGAUCAGCUCAAGAAGAUCUUCCGCAUGUUUGACAGGGACGGCAACGGAUACAUCACAGCCGCCGAGCUCGCUCACUCCAUGGCCAAGUUGGGGCAUGCCCUCACCGCUGAGGAGCUGACGGGGAUGAUCAAGGAGGCUGACACAGACGGCGACGGAUGCAUCAAUUUUCAGGAGUUUGUCCAGGCCAUCACUUCUGCUGCCUUCGACAAUUCCUGGGGUUAGCGUUCCAACAACUAGAAUCAAUGAACAUAUUCAUCGGACCCUCCAAUGCCUCAUCACACCAUUUCUAGAUUCCAUAAUACCUUUUUCUUUGCCUUUGGAUUGUGUCUAAUCUCGUUCCAUUAGCGAUAACCUUGUCAUGAAGGGAACCAGAAUGUAUUAAGAGAAAGCGAUACCUGAUGAACGAUUCUGGAGUACUGGUUUUUGGGUUAUUCCUCUUGAUAAAAAUUUUUUAUGUCUCGUUUGCUAGUCAAUGAUGCUCUUGCUGAAUCUCAUAGGGGCAGUUGCAGAAAUAACACUCCGUGGCCGGUAUGAAGUCUUGUUUUUGUGUGAUUUAUCAUAGCAAGGAACUUGAUCAUAGCAAAUUCAAUCAAUCAGCAACUAGUUUCCAUUAGCUACUGUC